AUGCUUAGGAGGAGGAUUAGUAUAGCUUGCCUUCAGAAGACUAAGUGGGUAGGAGAGAAAGCUAAAGAGAUAAAGGACACAGGUUAUAAGCUUUACUAUACGAGUAAGGAUAGACAUAGAAAUGGGGUAGGUAUCGUAGUAGAUAAACAUCUGAAAGAUUCGGUAGUUACGGUAACGAGAAAAGGAGAUCGGAUUAUUUUAGUUAAGCUUGUGCUCGGAGAGAGUAUAGUUAAUAUUAUUAGUGCUUACGCACCCCAAGUAGGCUUGGAUGAUCUUAUUAAAGAGCAAUUCUGGGAGCAAAUGGAUGACGUAGUUCAAGGGAUACCUUUUGGGGAGAAGCUAUUUAUAGGAAAUGAUUUCAAUGGUCAUGUGGGAAUGCAUAAGCAAGGGUAUGAGAAGGUACAUGGUGGCUUUGGAUUUGGUGACCUUAACGAAGGUGGUAGGAGGAUUUUAAAUUUCGCGGUAGCUUUUGACCUUAUAGUUGGGAAUACUCUCUAUAGGAAGCGAGAUGAGCAUUUAAUUACCUUUAAGAGUGGAGCCAACAGAAGCCAAAUCGACUAUUUUCUUGCUCGAGUGGCAGACCGCUUGACAUGUAAGGAUUGUAAGGUUAUUCCCAGAGAGUGUCUAGUAGCACAACAUAGACUUUUGGUGUUAGAUAUUUGUCUCAAGGGGAAUAAUAAAAGGAGAAAGGAAACUAGAUGCCUACGGACUAAAUGGUGGGGCCUAAGAGGGGAGAAACUACAGGUAUUCAAGGAAAAAAUGUCUCAAGAAGUACGGUGGGAAGUGGAAGGCGAUAGUGACAAUAUGUGGAAUACGAUAGUUGACGGUAUUAGAAGAAUAUCAAAAGAAGUUCUUGGCGAGUCGAAGGGAAAAUGUCUAAUUUCUAAGGAGACAUGGUGGUGGAAUGACGAGAUUCAAACCAUAAUAAAAGCAAAGGAGUGCUUUAAAAAGUGGCAAAAGGACCGGAAUGUGAAAAAUUUUCAGGGCUAUAAACAAGCUAGCAAGGAAGUUAAGAAAGCCGUUAGGGAUGGUGGUGUACAUCUAAUACAGUUGCCUAAACAGUUAAACCAUAUGAUAUUUCCUACUCCAGUCAUACAUUGCUGCAAGAGGAAAGGUAGAGAGCUAUCUUGUAACAGACUAGAUGGUCAUGGUUACAAGGCCCAAAUGAAGCGCUAA